UUCCUCUCUCUCUCUUUUAAUAAAACACUCAUCCAAACACGCAUUCUUCUUCUUCUUCUUCUUCUUCUUCUUCUUUGUUUUUGUUGUUUCUUUCUUUCCUCUUUCUUUCUUCUCUACAGUUACCACCAAACAAACACCAAUCACAACAGCAAUGUCUCUCCGACCCACAUCACGAGCAGAAGUUCGUAAGAAAUCAUACAAAACUGGUGUCGAUGCAGAUGAUGCAAGAAGAAGAAGAGAAGAUAAUCUAAUCGAGAUCAGAAAAAACAAAAGAGAAGAUAACCUUCUUAAGAAGAGAAGAGAAGGUCUUCUUCAAUUUCAACAAUCUUCUUCUUCUAAUGAUCCUAAUUCAUUGUUAAUCCCUCCUGUUGCCGUCGAGAAAAAGUUGGAGAGCCUACCUGUUAUGGUACAAGGAGUUUGGUCAGAUAACCCUGCUUCACAAUUGGAGUCCACUACUCAAUUCAGGAAGCUUCUUUCUAUUGAGCGCAGCCCUCCAAUUGAGGAGGUAAUCAAAGCAGGCGUCGUUCCUCGCUUUGUGGAAUUUCUGGAGAGGCAAGAUCUGCCUCAGUUACAAUUCGAAGCUGCUUGGGCUUUAACCAAUAUUGCAUCUGGGACGUCAGAGCAUACACGAGUUGUUAUUGAACAUGGCGCUGUGCCAAAAUUUGUGCAGCUUCUUAGUUCUUCAAGUGACGAUGUCCGAGAGCAGGCUGUUUGGGCCUUGGGUAACGUGGCUGGUGAUUCACCUAGCUGUAGAGAUCUUGUCCUUGGUAACGGUGCCCUAAUUCCAUUGCUUAAUCAGUUAAAUGAGCACUCAAAAUUGUCUAUGUUAAGGAAUGCAACAUGGACAUUGUCGAAUUUCUGCCGCGGAAAACCACCGGCACCGUUUGACCAGGUUAAGCCUGCACUGCCUGCUCUUCAGCAGCUUAUACAUUCAUCAGAUGAAGAAGUGCUAACAGAUGCGUGUUGGGCACUCUCUUAUCUUUCUGAUGGCACAAACGACAAAAUUCAAGCUGUGAUUGAUGCCAGUGUUUGUCCACGACUUGUGGAACUCCUACUUCAUCCAUCACCUACAGUUCUUAUACCUGCUCUUAGGACAGUUGGAAAUAUUGUCACGGGUGAUGAUGCUCAAACUCAGUUUGUGAUCGACAACCAUGUGCUUCCUUGUCUUCACCAACUUCUCACACAAAAUCACAAAAAAAGUAUUAAGAAGGAAGCAUGCUGGACAAUUUCAAAUAUUACAGCAGGGAAUAGGGAUCAAAUACAGGCUGUUAUUGAUGCCAACAUCAUCCUCCCUCUAGUUCAUUUACUUCAGCACGCUGAGUUUGAUAUCAAGAAGGAGGCUGCUUGGGCUAUCUCAAAUGCUACCUCUGGUGGAUCCCACGAGCAGAUCCAGUUCUUAGUGACUCAAGGAUGCAUCAAACCUCUCUGUGAUCUUCUAGCCUGCCCUGAUCCAAGAAUUGUUACCGUUUGUCUCGAGGGGCUCGAGAAUAUUCUGAAAGUGGGAGAGGCUGACAAGGAUUUGGGAAAGAACGGCGGUGUCAACCUCUUUGCACAGAUGAUUGAUGAAUGCGAGGGAUUAGAUAAGGUUGAGAAUUUACAAAGCCACGACAACAAUGAGAUAUAUGAGAAGGCUGUGAAGAUCUUGGAAAGAUAUUGGAUUGAGGAUGAAGAUGAAGAACAAAAUCUUCAAGAUGGUGGGGAUGGAACUCAGCAGGGCUUUGAUUUUGGAACUAGCCAGCCUAGUGUUCCCACUGGUGGUUUUAAGUUCGGUUGAAGUGGGUUAGACUCCAAUUUGGGCUCUAAUAUUUUCUUUUUAAUUUUCUUUUUUAUCCUUAUGUAGCAAUUUGGGGUUAUAGUGUUCUUCUUAUCAAAAGUUUUUUAUUUUCUUUAGCCGAAUUUGUUGGUUUUGGCACACUUAGUUGUUUUCCCAGUACAAAGGGCGAGUCAGUGUUUUUGGUCUGGCUCCUAGGUUUCAUUCAUCUAGGGAACGCUAUGAAAAAGAUGUAAACCUUUCAACAAUUGUGGUUUCCAGUUUUAAUCUUUCAUUUUUAUGAUAAGAUCCUGAUUCUUGUUUGUCA